AUGGCCCGCCUUCCCUCGCCUCCUCACGCCGCCUCGGUCCCCGUGUCUCCGCUCCAACUGCCAUCGUCAUUCAACUUCGCCCGCGAUGUCGUCGACUACUGGGCGCAGAAAGAUCCCACGCUUGUCGCGCUGCAUUGGACGGACCAGCACCUCAGCACGUCCAGACAAUUCACGUACAGCCAUUUCUCACGCCAGUCUCACCGCGUGGCUUCUCUCCUGUCCUCACUUGGGAUCAAGCAGGGCGACAUCGUGGUCAUCAUCGCGCCGCGGGUGCCGGAAUGGUGGGAGAUCGCAACGGCAUGUCUGCGCCAGGGGAUCGUGUUGUGUCCGUGCACCACGCUUCUGGUCGACAAGGACAUCGAGUAUCGGCUGCAAGUGUCGGACGCGGCGGCGUUCAUUGGCGACGAGGCGGCGGUUGCGAAAUGCUUGAAAGUCCGGGAGAGCUGUCCGAAAUUGAGGAUCGUCGUGGAAUUAGAUGGCGGGUUCAACGGCACCGGCAGCAACAAAUCCAAACUUACUUCUCUGUCCGGAGUAUAUUCAUUCUCUGACGAACUCUCCAAAAUCCCCCAAGACAGCGUGGUCUCUGUUUCUAGCACAUUGACACCCACAUCUCCGGCCUUGAUCUUCUUCACGUCCGGCACAACCGGCCCGCCCAAGAUGGUUCUGCACAGCCAGACAUCCUACCCCCUCGCGCACGCCCUAACAGGGAUCCACUGGCUACAGCUAUCUCCGGGAAAACUGUACUGGAACCUGUCGGAGCAAGGCUGGGCCAAGGCGGCCUGGUCGUUCUUCUCGACCUGGAACUGCGGCGCCACGCUGUUCGUGCACGACGACCGUCUGGCCUUCCACCCGCUCCGGACGUUGCAAGUCCUGCACCGCUUCCCCAUCACCACCCUGUGCGCGCCACCCACCGUGUAUCGCCAACUGGUGCUCGACGAGAGCAGGGAGUUCUUCGCCAGCGACGCCGGCCGCCCCAACGCGCUGCUGCAUUGCUGUGGUGCCGGCGAACCGCUGAACGAGAGCGUCAUCCGCACCUGGAAGGAGAUGACGCGCGGCAUUGAGAUCUACGAUGCCUACGGCCAGACCGAGACCAUCGUCGUGUGUGCAAACCAGAAACACAUCCCGGUCAAGCCGGGGAGUAUGGGCAAGCCGGUGCCCGGGGUGCCUUUGACGGUGGUCGACCCGGAGGGAAAUGUCGCGAAAGAUGACGAGGAGGGGGAUAUUGCUAUUGCUAUCGGCAUUUCAACAUCGGCUGACAGUGAUGAUGGUCAUGGUCAUGACGAAUCGGCCUUUUUCGGCAUCUUUCAAGGGUAUAUUGACAAAAAGACAGGCAGGCUCGAUACCAAGAUCCGAGUCUUUCGCAAUGGGAGAAAAUACUUCAUCACCGGCGACCGCGCGAGGCGGGAUGCCGAUGACUAUUUCUGGUUUGUGGGCAGGAGUGACGAUGUGAUCAAUUCGAGCGGGUAUAGAAUUGGCCCCUUCGAAGUCGAAUCUACUCUCAAACUACACCCUUCCGUCGUCGAAUCCGCCGUCGUCGCCUCCCCUGACGCGCAACGCGACGAGGUCGUCAAAGCGUUCGUCGUCCUGACCGAGUCGGCGGCGUCGAAGAUCUCUCGGUCACAACAAGCAUACGACGAUCUAGUAAAGGAGUUACAAGAAUUCUGUAAACAGAACGCCGCGCCAUACAAAUACCCCCGCAGAAUUGAGUUCGUCGACGCCACCUUCUUGCCCAAGACUAUCAGUGGGAAGAUCAAGAGGGCGGAAUUGAAAGCCUUGGAGAGGAAGAGGUAUAAUGAUAACAACAACAACAACAAUAACGGCGUGGCGAAGUUAUAA